AAUUUGUUGUAUAAUUUUAUAAACAUAUUUCAUUAUUAGAUUAAGUUUAAGUUUAGUUAAACGUAUACAUUUUAAUCAUACAAAUGUAUAUUUUGGGUAAUUCUAAAAUUUUACCUGUGCAGAUAUUCACAUCCUGCUGGAUCUAAACAGGAAACCGAAAUGUUAACUUACUUGGUGGUAUAAAACAUAUAUAAAACGCAAAGAAAGAUAACAACUGAUUGAAUAACGUUAUUCAAUGUGAAUUUCACAUUAUCAUACGAAUUCUUUGGGAGGAUGGUUUCCAAAAAUGGCAAAAUAACAAAAACCUAGUUAAAGGACUUUUCCUACAUCCAAUCGAUAUGCAAAUGGCGACGGUAACCGAGUGCGUAGGUCGAUGGCCAGAUUUCUAUAGAAACUGAAACAAACAAAGCCAUUAUAGCAAAGGAUUCGCAGACGGGUCCUUCCCCACAGGAUUACGUAAAGUUAGGGCUCAGUUAGCUUUGAUGUUGUGAAAUACGCACGCAUCCAAACACUUUUGAGGUCGCUGUCACGAGAGCAAACUAAAAUCACUAACACAAUUAAUUUCAGUUGUUUAAAUUUUAGACAUAAAGUUCGUUCCAAAACUUGAGGAUUUCCAGUGAAAAAAAUCGAAGAAGCCGCCAGUAAAAUGGCCACAAAACCGGGAAAAGGCGACGGCAAGCAGGCGAAGGGGAAAAGGACCUCCAAGAACAAGACAGAUGGCGCUGGGGGUGGUGGCGGCGAUGCCGAUGACUUCGAGGCCUGGAUGAAGUCGCGCCAGCUGCUCAAGCCCGACGACCAGCUCGAUCUCACCGAGGCGGAACUGGGCGAGGAGAUCACCAAGGUGCUGACUCCCACCAACACCAACAUCAUUCGCAAUCUCGUGGUCUACAGCUUCAAGGAGGGCGAGUUCGUUCUGGCUCCAGUGCCCGGCAACACGGUCACCCUAAUCGCCUUUGCCGGGAACUCACUACACGUGGACUCCGAUGAGGGUCGCCGCCAGAUCGAGGAGUCGGACGAGAUCGGCUACCCACUGCCCAUGCCCAACUACACCGUGGUGGAGCAGCGCGAGACCGAUAACGUCGAUGGUGAGGAGGGAGAGGGCGAGGAGGACGAUGAUGGAGCCAACGCAAAGGACGGCGGCGUAGAGGACGAGGAUGUCGAGGAGGAGGACGACGAGGAGGCCAAGGGCACCGAGGGUGAUGAGGGCGAGGGUGAAGGCGAGGGUGAGGGCGCUGCUGCCCGCCAGGAGGACGAUGGGCCCGCCCAGCAGGCGGCGGCCGUUUCAUCCAAGAAACGCAAGCUAAUCAACCAGUUCAACUACUGCGAGCGAGGUGCCCUCACUUAUUCGAAUCCUAAAAGGAAUGUAGACACCCAGACCAUACCACCGCCCCGCUCCCAGUUCGGAGCCAAUGUGCUGCAGUGGGUCAUCUAUGAUUCGUAUAUGGAAAACUUUGAGGAGUCCCAGAAGGACGGCAGCAAGAAGGAAGACCGCAAGCGCGGCAGGAGGGAGAAGAAGUUCCGGGACAAGUCGGCCAUUGCCGAGCAGCUGAACAAGAAGUAUCUCAAGUGCUGGCAGAUUCUCGAGCGGAUGAUCAACCAGAAUAUCUACGAUGACAUCGCCCACGAUUAUCGCUACUGGGAGGAUCCGGCGGACGAGUUUCGCGAUGGCGAGGGCAACCUGCUGCCGCUCUGGAAAUUCCAGUACGACAAGACCAAGAAGAUGAACGUCACCGACAUCCUGUUCAAUCCGACCUACUACGAUCUCUUCGCCGUCUGUUUCGGAUCGCAUGACUUCAUGAAGCAGACCAAUGAGGGUUACUUGUGUCUGUUCACUGUUAAGAAUCCCUCAUUCCCGGACUACAUUAUUCAAACCGAUUGUGGGGUCAUGUGCUGCGACAUCCAUCCAACGUAUCCCUUUCUGGCGGUGAUCGGUCUCUAUGACGGCAACGUGGCGGUCUACAAUCUUCGCGAGGACUGCAAGGAGCCACUUUAUGUGUCCAAAGGGGUCAACUGCAAGCACGGCGAGUGCGUGUGGCAGAUCAAGUGGGGUCUGGACAUGGCCGAUGGCGAGGUGAACUUCUUUUCGGUGUCGUCCGAUGGGCGCGUCUUCAACUGGAUCCUCAUGCAGAACAAACUGUGGGUCACCACCAUCAUCACAUUGUACCGCGAAAACGGACUGGUGGACGGUCCAGAUGGAACGAAGGUCACCCUGAAGAGCGGAGGAUCCUGCAUGGUCUUCCAUCCAGUAGAUAACAAGGUGUUUUUGGUGGGCACCGAGUGCGGCUAUAUCUACAAGUGCAGCACGGCUUUCAGCUCAAAGUAUCUGAUGACCUACUAUGCCCACAACAUGUCCGUGUAUCGCAUUGACUUCAACCGCUUCAACAGCAACAUCUUCGUGUCCUGUGGCGCCGAUUGGAGGGUUAAGGUGUGGGAGGAUAUGCGUCCCGAUCCACUGUUCAUCUUCGACCUGGGAGCCGCCGUGGGCGAUGUCAAGUGGGCUCCGUACUCGAGCACCGUAUUCGCAGCGGUGACCACCGAGGGCAAGGUCCACGUUUUCGACUUAAAUGUGAAUAAAUACAAGGCCAUCUGCGUCCAGGCCGUGGUGCCGAAACGGAAGAACAAGCUCACCAGGAUAUCCUUCAACGAGAAGCUCGCCUUCAUUGUGGUGGGCGAUGAGAAGGGCGUCACCACAUCGCUGAAGCUAUCGCCCAAUCUGCGGAUGAUGGUCAAGCCGCCAAAGAAGCAGCUGUAUCUCGACCAGAACACCCUGCAGAUUAACAAGCUGGAGAAGCUGCUGUCCCUGGUUCGGGAACUUCCAGAGGGUGGAACUGUGGUUCCCGAUGCUGCCACAACCGUGCGAAGCUAGAUCGCUAGAUCAGGAUCAUGAACCCAGCCACAAAAUAACACUAUAUUCUGAGUUGAUGUAUUAUAUUUUACACAUAUAUUCUGAAAUAAUCUCGAUUCAUCCGUCUUGUGUUACUCUAUGUUCCUAUCAACCUAACAAAAAUUUGCUAUCAACGUUGAAGUCAACCAACAUAAGGAACUUAGAAGCAAUGUAUAUAGUCACCAAAUUGUAUAUAUGCUUAAAACCAAAUAAACUAUACAAUAAAAUUGUAGUCAAAUCCGUUUUAAGGUAGCUUUAGUAGAUUUUAAGACCGUAAAAAACAACUUAGUUUAAAUGAUACUUCAUUCAAAUUAAAUUGGUAGGGCUGUUCAGUCGGAUGAUGAGUAUAUUGAUUCUAAAACAAAACUAAUCAAUAGUUUAAACUAAUUACUUACAUUAAUUGGCUUCAUCCUAUAAUUCCUUAAUAAUCACGAUUUCGUUAAUAAUCUCAGUGUUCAGCAAAAAAAUGAAAAUAUUCUUUUCCCAUACUUACUCACUUCAGUGAGUAAACGCCAUUUUGUGUUUUUAAAGCCGGAUUUAAACGAAGUGGGC